CCCCCAUUGCUCGGGGGGGCGGGGAGGGGGGGUCUCCCCUAUUUUACGAAGCUUAAUGUUUUUUUAAAUUAUUGUUGGUGUGUUUUUUAAAAAUCCUUCUCCUGCCUGGAAAGACAAGUUGGCAGGACAAGCCAUGAAACUUUACUUGCUUUUCUGCAGUUGCGGAUUGCAAAGCUAUGCACGGAUCGCCCUCGUCCUCCUCGGAUCUUACUGACAACGCAGCGAGCCUGCUCUGUAUUGUACAGAAAAUGCCCAGGUGAAUAUGUGAGCUUCUGCUGAAGUAAAAGAACCUCUGGAGGAAUCCAUGAUCUUUAAUUCCACUCCUAGUUGCCCAUCUGCUGCUUGACAGAGAUGGCCCGUGAUGCCAGAUCUUCUCGUUCAGUUAGAAAAGAAGAGAUAAGCAAAAAGAAAUCAAGCCCAGUCAAAAAGAAAUCCUGCCAAGUAACAAAAGAUGCCCAGAAGACUUCCCCAAAGGCAGUAUGUUCUGCAAAGUGCAAAAGGUUAUUGGAGGAAAAGAAAAAUGGCAAGAAAAAGCCCCAAGAACAGAACUCCCAGUUGACUUCCUCAUGCCGAUUUCUCCGAAGCAGUGUCACCAAAAGCUUGUCUGGAACACCUUGGAUGAACCUGGAAUUAUCUGAUAAUGUUCUCUUUCACAACCAACCUCAUUUAAAUGGCAGUGGUUUUACCAUGACACUUCGUAGCAAGCCCUUUUCCCACAGACGCUUCCAAACAGCGACAAUCACGAGAACCAAAAAAGCUGUCCUGGGGAGAAGAGAAAAAUCUGGCACGGGAACCCCCCAUGUGCCAGAUAGGAAAGAAAUUGAAGAAAUAGCACAGGCUUCCCAACAGUUUUCCAACCAGAAAGGUGAAUCGCCUUCUUCCAAAGAAGAUCAUACUGUGUGCAAUAAAGAGAUAGUUAAUCCCUCUGAAUGUGACCGGCAAGCUGAAAAAGGAGAGUCAUCUCCUGAGAAAAGCAUUUCUCCUUCUAUUAGUGACAUACCAAAUAUCCUUCAUUCUGAAGUAUUCCAGGAGGGAUGCAAAGAUCAAGAACUUGUCUCUGGCAAACAGGAUCUGGACAAUCUAUUUAACACCUCAAAUGCAGCUGAGUCUGUCACUUCCCAUUCACACCUUGAUUCCGCCGUUGCUUUAAAGAUACCUGGAAAUGAAUCUGGAACAUCUAUGAAGACACCCCUGAAAAGUAGUCUAGAUUUGCCUCCUGCCUCCAAAGGACAUUCUGGUUCAUCCUGUGAUUCCACGGUGCCUCUUUCCUCAGAUACAAACUCAAAGGUGCCUGCAGAAAGGUCAGAGUCUCCUGCAGACCCUCACUCCAAAAAUCACUGUGAUGUGGUGCUAAGGCAUUGCGAACCUGAUGCUGUCAUUUCAAUUACCUCUGAAUUAAUCUCAAAAUUGAAUUUAGAUGAUCCCUGUGUGUUGCCAGAGUCCCACCACAGGCAAGAUCCUGAGCCUGCCAGUACAGAACAGCCUGGUUUGCAUAGCCUCACUGAAUCUGGAAAUGGUCUGAAAGAUCCAGUCCCAUGUAUGGAGUCUUAUUUACCAAAGAUUGUAGAACUAGAGCCAGGCAAUAAAGCACUUGAUUCUUAUUUUAAUUCCGGACAAUAUUAUUCAGGUUGCGGCGAAGCAAAGGAACUGUCAGAUCACGAACACCCUUCUUGUACCUUUUUGACUAGUUUUGCCUUGGGGGAUCUUGAGCGGACACUAGAAAAUAUUGUACCAGAAACAUUCCAUCCAGUGGCUGUGCCCGUCAUGCCACUCAACCCGGAAGAAAGCACCUCUGAUUGUGUUUUAGUAAGCAGCAGCCAGGCCAUUAAGGAAAGUUGGCCUUCCAAAGGUGCUACUUUAGAGCUGCCCUCAGACACAGCAGGGGGGGCAGAAGCAGGCAUCUUAACAGAGGAACCCAUUCCAAAGGCUCAGGAUCCCUUGCCCCAAUCAGGACUCGAGGAUGGAAAAGGCAUACACCUUGUUCAGGAUACCAGGACAUACGACGCUGGCCUAGUUGUUGCUUCAGAGCCCACCUCCUGUGGAAAUUCAGUUGGUAGUCUCCUUGUCUCUUUUACCUCUUUACAACCUGUAGCUGAGAAGAAAAAGCGACGUCGAUGCGGAGUAUGUGAGCCGUGUCUGCGGAAGACUAAUUGUGAAGAAUGCAGCUGUUGCAGGAAACGCAAGACAAGUCACCGUAUAUGUAAAAAGAGAAAAUGUGAAGAAUUGAAGAAGCCGCCGCCGCCACUGGGCUUAAUGCUACCCUCAGAGGUGCUAACUGAAAACAAAAGGCCUCAGAGGAGAAAGCAGAGAGUUCUCAAGGGAGAUGUAGAAAACAAACCAGUAAAUGGCUACAAACCAGAUCUCAUGCAAUGUGUCGUAUACAGCCAUGGUGAAAAACACAAGGUGAAGCCACUGCCCUGGGAAAAUGUACAGUCAAAUGAAAAGGGAAGUAUGACUGGCGUAGAAACUGACAAGUGGGCACACAGUGAGAAGCCAUCACUUAGCAUCCAUGUGAAUGGUGACCUCUGUAAAGCUGGAACAAGAGAUGAGAACUCAAAACAUUUGGAAAAAAAUGCAAAAGCAAUUCAUUCUUCUAGUGUGUCAGAUGAAUCCAAAAAGUUGUUUGCACAAACUGUUAGAAAUGGCAUUAAAAGUAUAUCUUACUCACCAGCAGAAUGUGAUGCAUUGCUGAAAAAAACAGACCUGAGUGCAGAUUCGUCAAACAGCUGCAAAGAAAGACACUGUGAUGCCUCUCGGGGAGACGCUGCUCCACUGAACAAUGUCAGCACUUUGUCGGCUGGAACAUGUGGUGCUCUUCUAGAAAAGGAUCAUGUUCCCACACAACAGGCGGAAAACUCUAAUGUCCUUCAGGAAUCUGAGAACUCGCUUUUAGAAACCAGUUCACUUUUAGCUCUGCAGGACAAGUCGUCGUGUGCUCCUGUGUUUCAAAAAGAUGGCUGUCCUAAUGAUGGUGCUUCAGCUAUCCCAAGCAAAGAUUCCCAUACUGAAGAUUUGUCACUUCAGUCAACUUUUUUAUCUCUGAUUAAAACUCGUAAUUUAACUGUAGAACAGGUUGUAGCUAUUGAGGCAUUAACACGUUUGUCGGAAGUCCCUGCAGGAGCUUCUUCACCAGCUAAAACGGAAAGAGUUCAAUGUACAGACGAACAGAUUUCACAUUCGCUGAACAGCUACAAAAAAGAUAAUGCAUGUUCCUUGACAUCAUCAGCGUUGAAAGCAAUUAAAGGGACUUGCCCUCAGAAAGACCAGCAGCUCUUUUCUCAUGUUCCUUCACCAAGGAGAAUUCUUCCUAAGAGUUUGCUUUACAAUGGUCAAGGUGCUAUUUCUGAAUUCCCUAGUAAAUCCUCAGGCCCAUCCAGCUUAUUGCGUCGAUUGCAUGGCUCUCCACGAGAUACCAAAUCUUUCUCAGCUUUAGCGUCUGGUGGAAGUUCAGCUCAUCCUACCAAGAAAUACCCUCUUCAUCCUAAAGCUGCCAUUGGCCCAUGUGCCAAAAAUUCAAGUGCUGUCAAACAACGCAGGAACAAAGUAGACAUGCUUGGGAAAUGGGAAGGAAAGGCUAUUCAUAGCCUGAAUUCAAAAAGUAAUUCUGUAAUUAGGGGAAGCAUUCACAGCCAGGAUGAAGAAGAGGUAGCCACCCAGUUAACUCAACUCGCAGCAAUAAUUGAAUCAAGCAAAACGAGCCCAGACCAGAAGGCAUCCCUUUUUAGCCGAAUACCAUCUGAUAUGCAAUCCAAACAUAAACAAGAUCAGUGCCUAUUGCAGAAGAAACAAUCGGUAUUCAUAAGGAACAAUUAUAGCUCAUUGUUAGUUAAGCAAAGGCAACCAUCACGGAAAAACGAUAAAGCAGUCCCAAGGGCAAAAAGAUUGAAAAAGAAGCCCCAGCCAAUCCCUGACCAGCAAAAUCAGCUUCAACAAGAAUGUCAACAUAGUGAGGUACAGGAGAUGCAGAAGAAACCUUCAAAACUCCGCAAGCUUGGGCGGAUUGUGUCACAAGAUUCAAAGUUAACUUCUUUGGGGAAAAAAUCUUCCAAAACCAAAGUCCAAAAGACACGGAAGUGGAGUACUUUGCCAUCACAACAAAAACCCACUGCGUUAUUUCUCCCCAAAACUCAGAUUAUAUUCCGUAGGCCUUUACCUGUCUUGGUGCAAGACAGAAUGAAAGAUAAGCUGUUUGGCCGUGAGAUGGUACCUGAACCCAUCAGAACGAUGGGCUCAAGAGAGGCACAGGGCACCAGCCCUCCAAGUGGUGCCCCAGUUGCCCUGCCUCCUAGUGGCCUGCUUAGUCAUGAUCUUCUGACUGUUUGUCACUUAGAAGCAAAAUCCUGUUUAAACCAAGGAAGUGAAAAUGUACAGAUGUUUACAGAAAAAGACAAGAAUUCUCAGGUACAACAAAACAAGAAUAUUACUCAGAUGCAUCCUUUGCCUCAGAUCUUUAGUAAAAGAACAAAUGAGACAUGCAAGGAUAGCCAAGCAAAAUUCCAACAAGAUGUUGGGGAGAAACUAAAGGGUCAGAAUCUACUAGCGAUACCCAAUAGCUGUGAUGAAGCUCCCCAAGCAGAUAAUAUGCAGGCUCUUGGAAAUGUGGAGUGUGUAAGUGAAACAAAAUUUCCUACAUCAAGAAACUUGGAAACUGAGAACCUGCAGGGUAGAGGGGUCUUAAGAUGUUCUCCAACAAAUAAUACACUCAGCAGUUUUCUUGAAUCUCCUAUGAAGUUCUUGGACACUCCUACAAAAAACCUAAUUGAUACACCUACAAAGAAAGGGCAGACAGAUUUUCCAUCUUGUGAUUGUGUUGAACAAAUUAUAGAGAAGGAUGAAGGGCCAUAUUAUACACACCUUGGAACAGGACCAAGUGUUGCUGCAGUGAGGGAAAUAAUGGAGGACAGGUAUGGAGCAAAAGGAAGUGCUGUACGAAUCGAAGUAGUGGUGUAUACAGGCAGAGAAGGAAAAAGUUCCCAGGGGUGUCCGAUUGCCAAGUGGGUGAUACGAAGAAGUAGCGAUGAAGAGAAGCUGCUGUGUUUGGUUCGUCAGCGUGCAGGUCAUCAUUGCCAAACUGCUGUUAUCGUGAUACUUAUUUUGGCUUGGGAAGGGAUUCCUCAUCUUCUUGCUGACACACUCUACAAGGAACUGACCCAGAGCCUUAGAAAAUAUGGCUGUCCAACCAGCCGUAGGUGUGCGCUAAAUGAAGAUCGUACCUGUGCCUGCCAGGGUCUUGAUCCAGAGACUUGUGGAGCAUCAUUUUCAUUCGGUUGUUCAUGGAGUAUGUAUUACAAUGGCUGCAAGUUUGCCAGAAGCAAAACCCCUAGGAAAUUUAGACUUCUUACGGAUGAUCACAAGCAAGAAGAAAAGCUGGAAAAUAAUUUGCAAAUCUUAGCCACUGAUGUGGCUCCAUUGUAUCAGAAACUUGCUCCUGAUGCAUUCGAGAAUCAGGUGGAAAAUGAACAUCUUGGUCCUGAUUGUCGGCUUGGGAUCAAGGAAGGCCGGCCUUUUUCUGGUGUCACAGCUUGCAUUGAUUUCUGUGCCCAUGCCCAUAAGGAUACACACAACAUGCACAAUGGAAGCACUGUGGUUUGUACUUUAACAAAAGAAGAUAAUCGUACGGUGGGGGUGAUACCAAAUGAUGAGCAACUGCACGUCUUACCUCUUUACAAAAUUUCACAAACAGAUGAAUUUGGCACAGAGGAGGGGCUGGAAGCCAAGAUAAAAGCUGGCGCCAUACAAGUGCUUACUGCUUUCCCCCGAGAAGUAAGAAUGUUAGCUGAGCCACGGAGAGCAAACAAGAAAAAGAAAGCAGAAACAAAAAAGCAAACCUUAGCAGAAAGGAAGCAUACUAUACCUGUGAAGGGGAAAAAUGGAGUGUCAGAAAAUCCCAAUAAAACUUCACAGAAUUUAGGGAGCAAAUCUAAUACAUUGCAACUGGGAACUAAAAUGGAGACAGGUGAUCGCCUUCCAACCAUAAAACAGAAUUCGGACACUACUACAAAUUGCUCUGUAUUAAAGCAAUACGCUCCUUCUUCCCCUUUAAAGCUGGACAGUUUGCUCUCUUGCUCUCCAUUAACUCAAAAAGCUAGUGGUGCAAUGCCAGUGACUAACAGUCAGCAAGAGCUUUCUACUCCCUACGGGUAUUUGCAAUGCAGUAAUAACAAACCUCAGAUGACACCCAAAGGUAAAAACUUGGAUGUGUCCAUUAGUGAUCAUACUGGAAUUUUGCUGGAUGAAAAGAAUGGGGCACCCUCAUUUCUUCAAAACCUUGCUGUUUCGUACUCCACAGCUGACAGAGAAAACCUGCCCUACACACUUGAACAAGAAGAGGUCAGCAAGCAAAAUUGUGAAAUUAAGUUAGAAAACUCUCUUGCCUCACAGCUGGCAAGCUCUUGUGAGUCGUCAUUGCGUUUAAAUGCUCCCAAAGAGGUAGCCAGAAAUGAAAUCAGUUCUUCCCAGGAAUGUCCAGUGCAAAAAGAUGGUUUCAUGCAAAUCUCAAAUUGUGAUUCUGCCAAUGUGAGCAAACUAUCAGGCAGUGAGCUCCUGAAAUGCACAGAUUCUGAAGAGAAAGAAGAAAUGUGGUCAGAUAGUGAGCAUAAUUUUUUGGAUAGUGAUAUAGGUGGGGUAGCGGUUGCACCAUCACACGGCUCCAUCUUAAUUGAAUGUGCGCGCCGUGAACUCCAUGCCACAACUCCAAUUAAAAAGCCAAACAGGAAUCAUCCCACACGGAUAUCUUUAGUCUUCUAUCAACAUAAAAACUUGAAUGAGCCAAAACAUGGGAUUGCGCUGUGGGAAGCGAAGAUGGCAGAAAGAGCAAAAGAGAAAGAAGCAGAAAAAUUAAACACUGAGAACGACAGUCAACAACCAAGUGACAGGAAUGCACACCAGGCCAGUGCCACCAGAGAGAAUGUUUAUGAAGACAAUGAAUUCAACCAAAUUCCAUCCCGCCGAGCAUUGACAGUAACUCAUGAUAACAUCAUAACGGUGUCUACUUAUGCCCUCACACGAGUUGCAGGGCCAUAUAAUCAUUGGGCAUAAUUUUUUUAACAACUGUACAACUUUUGCCUUGGAGCAGUGUUACACAAUAAUUCCUAAAGGUGCUGUUAAAGAACAAAGUCUUGUAUGGUUUACUCUUUGUUCAUCUCAACCAUUUCGAAGGCUGAGGUAAAAAAAAAUUUUUUUUUCUUAAACUGUGACUUUAUAUAUUUUAACAUCUGGUGAUUCUCAAGCACAUUUUAAGCAAAAAAAAGAAAGAAAGAAAGAAAAGAAAAGAAACAAUUGUAUAGUUAAAUGAUUUUGGCUAGGUUAUUAACCCUGAUUGAAUGAUUCAGUUUAUUACCUUUUUGGAAUUUAUACUUUGGUGCUUUGAAUUGUCUGUUUACUACAAAUGGGCUUUUUAUAAAUAUUUUAACAGAUUUCACCUUUUAUGAUGUAAAAUCAAGUUAGACAGUAUUAGUUGUACAUGGCUCUUGGUGCUUAAUCACAGUGAACUGUUAAAUAUAAGCUGGUUUUAUUUCUUCAUGGUGCCAUUGCUCCAACAGCUUCCAGUCAUUGCUGUGAAGCCCAGAAUAAAGAUAAAGAACCAAUGAUGAUUUUAUCUGUGUAUAGAUUUUUCGUAUAUGUAUAGCUUGUGUGUGUGCAUGUGUGAUCCCCACACAUCCCCACACAAACAGUAUCACUAGUGAUGGUUGGAGGUCGUAAACUGUAAAUAUAUAUAUUUAAAAGCACUUUCUAUUUUUAAAAUUAACUUGAAAUAGUAUAAGAAUUACAUUUGUCUAAGAUUUGUGCAUUCUCUAUCAAGGAAUUUAUUUUUUUUCUCACAGUUUUAAGAGUUCCAUUUUGCUAUAAAAGCAGUUCAUGUGUGCUAAGAAUAUCUGAUUUUUAGACCUGCUCUCCACUCCUUUUCCUCAAUUCAUUGUUUAGUUUGUUUCUCAACAAAAGGCUAAUAAAAUGCAGAAACUCAGUUAUUUGCAAAUCUGGAUUAACAAGCAUUUUGUCAAUACCUGCAUUAUUAAGAUAUUUUGUUCUAAGCAUUUUCAUGAAGGCUUUCACGGCUGGGAUCUAAUGGUUGUUGUGGUUUUUUUGGGCUC